AUGGAUGCCAACCAAACCAUCCCCACCUCAACCGGCCCGCUGUCCACGACGGACACGGCCAUGUUGGAGGUCUUAGUCCCCGGCUAUGGUUUCAUCUCACGCAUAUUGAUGUCCUACCUUGAUUUUGAUGUCAGCGCCUACCUGCAAAUCCUAGUCAGCAUUGCUGUCUUUGGCGCAACUGCUCGAUACACUUUCUUUGUCAUUUGGGCGCACUUCAAUGAGUUUUUCGUGUCAAAAGCCGAGAUUCGCCUGGAUGACGAGAUAUUCCAUUAUCUAAUGUUCUGGAUCUCCCGCCAGCCGCAUAUGAAAAAUACAAAUCGAUUCGUCGCAGGUCUCAAAACCAACAGUUACUGGAGCCAAGAUGAAACAGACGAGGAGGACCUCGAACAAGACGAGGACGACGACGAAGAGACCUUUAACGAUGAAAAAAACGCCUCUUUCGAUUCGUACUGGGCCAAGGUUACCACCCGGGACAAGUAUAAGAAGAUGCAAUUUACUCCCUCGGAAGGCUCCCAUUACUUCUGGUACAAGAACCGUCCGCUCAUGCUCGAACGCGAACACCGGGACGGGGGGAUGUGGUAUGUAAUGAACAACGAGCGGAUCUUCCUCUCGUGUCUCGGUCGGAAUCCCGCGAUUUUGAAAACAUUGCUAGCCGAGGCACAGCAGGCGUAUGUCGAGCGCGACAGGAACCGCACGGUAAUCUACCGCGGUUCACGGAUUGGCGCUGGCCAACCUUUCAACUGGUAUCGUUGUAUGGCACGCUUACCGCGUCCUCUUUCUACCGUUAUUCUUGACCAAGAACAAAAGCAAGACUUCCUUGAUGAUAUCAAGGAGUACUUGCACCCUCGCACGCGCCGCUGGUACACCAACCGUGGAAUCCCGUAUCGACGCGGAUACCUUCUACACGGUCCUCCGGGAACUGGAAAGACAAGUCUGUGCUUUGCAGCGGCUGGAAUCCUUGGAUUGAAGCUCUACUUACUUGAUUUGAAUUCCACGGCCUUGGACGAGGAGGCUCUGUCGUUACUGUUCUCGGAGCUACCACGCCGAUGCAUUAUCCUACUCGAAGAUAUCGACUCAGCAGGUAUUACGAAGGCUCGGACCGCCGCAGCUGCAUCUACGUCUACUUCGGAUAAUCCCGUGAAUGAUGCCACCGCCAAGGAUGCCACCGCGGCAGCGGAUAGUACAGGCGCAAAAGAAAAUACGAAGAAAGGUGGAAUCACGCUUUCAGGACUUCUGAAUGUGAUUGAUGGUGUUGCCGCCAGUGAGGGCCGCAUCCUCAUUAUGACUACCAACCACGUGGAAAAGCUGGACCCAGCUCUCCUCCGCCCUGGCCGUGUGGAUAUGAAGAUCAGUUUCGGGUACACCAGCGAAGCAGAUAUCAAGGAGCUUUUCACCUCGAUCUACGGGGCGAAGGACAACGAUAUUGCGCGUCGCGGGGCUCCAGCAAUCCACAGCAAUGGUACCAAUGGUUCAGUCAAGUUGCCCACAACUACCAUUGUUGGUAAUGUUAAGACAAACGGCAAGAGUGUUCAAAAUUCCGAGGAGAGUAAUGGGAAAGUGGAAAAUGGUACAGAGGAAAACCUGCAGCGUCUUGUAUCCCUCCGAUCCCGCCUCCCCGACUUGGCGUCUGAGUUUGGUGCUGUUGUUCCGAGUGGCGAGUUUACUGCUGCGGAGAUCCAGGGAUAUCUUCUCAAUCAUAAAGAGACACCCGAGCUAGCCAUUAAGGGUGUAGCAGAGUGGGUGCAAACGACGCGGGAGAAGAAACGUGCUACUGAGCGAGAGGCGGAGGGAGAAGGAAAGGAUGAAGCUUAG